GAAGAAUGGUGCAGGAUUCUGAAUGCAGAAAAACAAGGUUUAAGGGUGCACAAGAGCUGAAAGGUCUUGUUUCUUUUGAUGUUAAAUACAAGAGCAAUGGGAAUAGGUACAAGGGGAGAAGUAUCAUCCCUGUUUCUUAAUGCAGUUCAAACUAGUAACAUGGAAUGUUAGGGGAUUAAACAAUAGGGACAAAAGGAGACUGGUGAGCAGUUUAGUUUUUGACUGGAGAGCAGAUAUCAUCUGUUUUCAGGAAACUAAAAUUGAGGGUGACAUUACAGAACUGGUGAAACAAAUCUGGGGGGGAAGAUGGAUUAAUUUUGCUUGUUUGGAAGCUAGUGGAACAAGAUGGGGGAUUCUGUUGAUGUGGGAUAAAAGAGUAUGGAGGGGGGAUGUUCUUGAAAUAGGUGCUUACACUCUAACCUGCAAGUUUGAAGCACAAUUACAAAACUUCUCAUGCCAUAUCACAGGAGUGUAUGCUCCAAACUCUUAUAAAGAAAGGAGACUGGUGUGGGAAGAAUUAGGUUCUGUGAGGGGCUUAAUGGAAGGGCCAUGGGCUGUUUGUGGAGAUUAUAAUGUCACUAGGUUUAUCUCAGAGAAGAAAAACUGUACUCAAAGAACCAGGGGGAUGAAGGAAUUUUCUGAUUUCAUUGAAGACAUGAACCUAAUUGACCUACAGCUUGAGGAUGCUACUUAUACUCGGUUCAAAGGUGACAAUUUAGAGAUAGCUUCUAGAAUUGACAGGGUAUUAAUCUCAAAAGAGUUUGAUGAUAGUUUCAACAAUUUGAAACAGAUUCCUCUUCAAAGACUGGUUUCAGACCAUAUUCCUGUUGCUUUACAAGGUGGUUCAUGGAAUAGGAGUAAAAGUUAUUUUAAAUUUGAAAACUGGUGGCUAGGCUCCGAGGGUUUUGUGGAUAGAGUUAGGGGUUGGUGGAAUUCUUUCAACUUCACAGGCAAACCAGACUACAUACUUGCUUGUAAAUUAAAAGCUCUAAAGUCUAAUCUCAAGACUUGGAGCAGAAGUGAGGAUGGAAACUUGGGCUCUAAAAGAAGAAGUUUGCUAGGACAGAUGGCUGAAAUGGACGUAGUGCUGGAAGAAAGAGCCCUAACAGAAGAGGAAUCAAUCAAGAAGGCAACUUUGCUUAUGGAGUAUGAGGAGUUGGUCAAGAAUGAAGAAAUAUCUUGGAGACAGAAAUCAAGAUCACUCUGGUUAAAAGAAGGGGACAAGAACACUAAGUUCUUUCACAAAAUGGCAAAUGCUCACAGAAGAUAUAACAAUAUUGAUCAGCUUGUGAUUCAGGGAGAAACAAUUGUGGAGCCAGCUAGAAUUGAAGAAGAGAUAAUUGAUUACUAUCAAAAGCUGUAUUCUGAGACUACACAAUGGAGCGCCUGUAACUUCACAAAUUGCCUUACUAUAUCAGAGGAGGAAAAGGAGUCUUUACAAGGCAGUUUUGAAGAAAAUGAAGUAUUGAGAUGUCUAAAAUUGUGUGCAGUUGACAAAGCUCCAGGCCCUGAUGGAUUCACCAUGGGUUUCUUCAUCAAAUGUUGGGAAGUAGUGAAGCAUGACAUAAUGAACACUUUUCACAACUUUCAUGAGCAAGGAGUUUUUGAGGAAAGUUUUAAUGCAACUUUCAUUACUCUCAUUCCUAAGAAGAAAGGUGCUAAGGAACUAAGGGACUUCAGGCCUAUCAGUUUGAUAGGUAGUAUUUAUAAAAUCUUUUCCAAAGUGUUGACUGAAAGAAUGAAAGAGGUCAUUGCAAAACUAGUGGACUCCCAGCAGAUGGCCUUCAUUAAGGGCAGACAAAUUAUGGAUGCUGUGCUAAUAGCUAAUGAAGCAGUAGAUUCCAGGUUUAAGCAGAAGAAACCUGGAAUCCUUUGCAAGUUAGAUAUUGAAAAAGCAUAUGAUCAUGUAAACUGGAGGUACUUACUCCAGGUUUUGGAGAUGAUGGGUUUUGGACAGAAAUGGAUCCAAUGGAUCAAAUUCUGCAUAUCAACUACUAGUUUCUCAGUUCUGAUUAAUGGUUCCCCAGCAGUUUUUUUUAAAGCACAAAGAGGUCUCAGGCAAGGUGACCCCUUGUCACCUUUCCUAUUUUUGAUUGCAAUGGAAGGUCUAAACAAUAUGAUCAAGACAGCAAAGGUGAAUGGGUGGAUAAAUGGUUUUGAGGUGGCUAGAACUGGUAAUGAAAGUCUGGAGGUGACACAUCUCCAAUAUGCAGAUGACACAUUGAUCUUUUGUGAUGCUGAAGAGGAGCAACUAAGGUUUUUAAGGAUGAUACUAGUCCUAUUUGAAGGAAUCUCUGGGCUGCACAUUAAUUGGAGGAAGAGUUUUUUGUAUCCUAUCAAUGAAGUCCCAAACAUGAACUUGUUGGCUGCAAAUCUAGGUGGUGAAGUAGGUACUCUGCCAACUAUCUAUCUGGGAAUGCCUCUGGGAGCCAAAUCUAAUUCAACAGAGAUUUGGAACAAUGUGAUUGAAAAAUGUGAGAGGAAACUAGCCAGAUGGAAAAGCCAAUAUUUGUCCUUGGGGGGUAGAGUGACACUCAUCAACUCAGUCCUUGAUGCCCUACCAACAUAUAUGAUGUCCCUGUUUCCAAUUCCAACAGGGAUUAUCAAGAGGUUGGAUAGCAUCAGGAGGAAAUUCCUGUGGCAAGGAAAUAAAGAAAAAAAAGGAUUUCACUUGGUGAAGUGGAAAGUAGUGAUCACCGGCAAGAAGAGUGGGGGACUGGGAAUAAAAGAUAUGAAAAUGCAGAGCAAAGCACUCAGAAUGAAGUGGCUAUGGAAGUAUGCCAAUGAAAAUCAACUUUUAUGGAGGAAAGUUAUCAAUGCAAAAUAUGAAGAGGAAGAUAGCUGGAUGACAAAGGAGGUUACCACACCAUAUGGGGUUAGUCUGUGGAGAUCCAUAAGAGCCUUAUGGAAUGAAGUUAAGUGCAACUCCAAGAUUAAAGUAGUGAAUGGGGUCAAAACCAGAUUCUGGAAGGAUAAUUGGCUUGAGGCUGGUCAUCUGGAAACACUAUUUCCAGAUAUAUACAACAUUGUCUUAGAUCAUCAAAGGACUGUGGCUGAUUUGUGGACACCUCAAGGAUGGAAUUUCACUUUCAGAAGGCAAAUCAAUGAUUGGAAGAUACAAAGAGUGGCUGAUUUUCUUAACAUAUUGCAACAAUUUAAGGGACUUCAGCUAGGAGAGGAUGUUUUUUGGUGGUUGGGGAAUAAAAAAGGAGUGUUCAAAGUUAGUUCAGCCUACAGGAUGAUGAAUCAAUCAAUUCAACAGAUUACCAACUGGCCCUGGAAACACAUUUGGAGAUCCAAAAUCCCACAUAAAGUUAGCUGCUUUGUGUGGCUUUUAGCUAAAGAAGCAGUUCUUACACAGGAUAAUUUGAUGAAAAGGGGGAUAAUUUUAUGCUCUAGAUGUUUCCUAUGUGGAGAAACAGCAGAGACAGUUAACCAUCUGUUUCUACACUGUAAGUUUACACAACAGCUUUGGAGAAUAUUUUUAAAUCUCAAAGGUAUAGCCUGGACUAUGCCUAGCAAGGUUUCAGAGGCUCUAAAGAGUUGGGAAGAGGCAGGAUUGCAGGCAAAGAACAGAAAUAGAUGGAGAAUGGUCCCUGCCAGCAUAUGGUGGGUAAUAUGGAAGGAGAGAAACUCCAGAUGUUUUGAGAGUAUAGAGAAUGGAGUGCAGAAGGUCAAGUUGAAUUGUAUUUUAUUGCUUUAUUUUUGGUGUAAUCAGGCCUACUCAGAUGAUACUAUUUCCAUUAUUGAUGUAUUAGAUUCAAUAUAGGAUUAGAAUAGUAGAGUCUUGGAGUACUUUUGUAGAUAUGGUUUCAGUACAACCUAUGUACUGUUUUGUUCAUAUGGAAUACAAUCCAGUUACCAGUUUCAAAAAAAAAUAAUAAUUGAAAUUAGGGUCUGAUGUCACAUAGCUUUUCCCAAUGUACUUGGAGUUGCAGGGUGAUCCACCAACCAAAUUGAAGAUCUACGAGUCUAGUUUUCAACACAUUAAACUGUUCGUUGAUACGACGACGGAAUAAAGAGAUGUUCGCGUUUUCGCGAGACUGCGCAGGCAGCCCCGUUGGAACCCACUUGAGUCGGCCACCGACUUAGCUUCUUUUAAAAGACGUUUGGGGGCUUUGCUUUGGUCAUUUCUCGACCAAACUCAAUCCUAAUACUCUCCUAAGCUCUCUCAACAGUUCAUAAGAGUUUCAAGGCGAAAUACAAGGGUUUGCACCCAACUUGAACACCAAAAGUUGAUUCAAGAAGAGAAUAACACUCCUAUAGUGUUGUGGUGUGAUUGAGGGUUGUUGUGAGAUGCACCAGCUGGGAUUUCAAGUUGUAUCUACUGCCUAAGGUAGUAAAUCAUGUUAUUGGUUGUGCUUAAGGUUAAUCAUGUGUUGGUUGAAUUGUUUGAGUGAAAAUGUACAAGAUAGUUAUUGACAUGGCAUAAAGGAAUUGUUAUCUUUCUGUGGGCUGUGUUGAGGCUAUGUAUAUGGUUGUUGUGGCUGGAAUUUAUGAGAAAUAAUUUGAUUAUGUUAUGGCUGCUGUUGUUAAGCUUAUCUAUGUGUUAAUUAAGUUGAUUGAAGAAAACAUGGAAAACAAGAGAUUGACGAUAAAGGUUAAGGUGCUAGGCGUGUGGACUGUUUUUUUUUUUUUUUUUUGGGGGGGGGGGGGGGGGGGGUGGUGGAAGGGGGAAUAGGAGUUUUCUCAGCUUAAUGAGUCUGUAGAAUAGAAAUGAUCGCGGCAGUGACUGUUAUUUUACCUGUCCAUUUGAGAUUAUUUUGGAUAAGUUGAAUACUCAAUUCAGAUUUGUCAACUAAGAAGUGUGUACCAUGCAACACAAAGGAUUUGAGGCCUAUGACUGAAGAAGUUGCCAAUCAGUUGAUGCCACAGGUUUCGGGGUGGGAUCUGGUGAAUGAUGGUGGCACACUGAAGCUGCAUAGGUCCUGGAAAGUCA